CAGAAAGAUGGCAAAUAAAAACCCGGAGAGCCAGCACCGCCUGGAGACCAGCAGGAGGCCAGAGGAGCCACUCAACAAGCCACUCAGCUCCUGGGCCUUGGAAGUGAUGCCCAUGGCGUCCCCCCAAACCCUGCUCCUCUGCCUGCUGGUCCUGGUGGUCACUGAAGGCCAGGGUCAACAGGCAGCCAUCCCAGGCUGCUACUUGCACUCCUUCAAUGUGACGGUGCGAAGUGACCGGCAAGGCACCUGCCAGGGCUCCCAUGUGGCACAGGCCUGUGUGGGCCACUGCGAGUCCAGCGCCUUCCCUUCCCGUUACUCGGUGCUGGUGGCCAGUGGCUAUCGACAUAACAUCACCUCCGUCUCUCAGUGCUGCACCAUCAGCAGCCUGAGGAAGGUGAGGGGGCCCAGCUCGGUGGUGCUCGUUGCGGGUAGGGGAGACAGAGGAGAUGGGGAUCUAAGAUGGCCUGAGGAAGGGGACUGGAACAGACACCCACCUCUCCCACAGGUGAAGGUGCAGCUGCAUUGUGGGGGGGACCGGAGGGAGGAGCUGGAGAUCUUCACGGCCAGGGCCUGCCAGUGUGACAUGUGUCGCCUCUCGCGCUACUAGCCCAUCCUUCUCCCCCCGCCACCCUCCCCUUGGUCAGAGGGUUUAAUGUUGGAGUAUAUCCUACAUAUACUGAACCUCAGCAAGGACAACAGCUCCAACCCUGUGAGAAGAGGGGCGUUUCUGCCUCUUCCCCACCUCUGCCUGGCUUCCUAACCAGUCCUUCAUCAUUUCAUCUCCCUCUUUGUCCUAAAUAAAGCAAGCAGAUCAUGA